UUUUAUUUUGACUCGAGGUUUUUAUGGCUUCCUGUUGAGGCGUCGCAUCUCAUCACACACUGCAUGAGGGAAGCGUGGUGUGCUGUGGGCAGGUAAACACAUUACUGUUCACGGAGCGGAGACGACUUUUCUACUUUGUACAUACAUUAUUUUGUAUAUACUGUUUAUGAUGACUUCAGUGGUUGCUGACGCCGCCCGAGGAAAUCGGGACAGAGUGCAGCCACAGACCUCACACACCUCACAGCCACAGAAACAGAUUCAGGCCACAGCAGAACAGAUCCGUCUGGCUCAGAUGAUCGACAAAAACGAUGCGGAUUUUGAAGGGAAGGUCAAACAGCUUAUUGAGGUCACAGGCAGAAAUCAGGACGAGUGCAUGGUGGCUCUUCACGACUGCAACGGGGACGUCAACAAGGCCAUCAACUUCCUGUUGGAGGAGGUUCCUGCCAAGGACUCCUGGGAGACGGUGGGGAAGAAGAAGAGUGUGGGUAAAGAAGGUGCAACGGCAGAGACAAAAGAGCGAAAGGUUGACAAGGAGGGCAGGGGCCGCGGUGGUCUAAACAGACGCGGUCGCGGAGCCAGUCGCACCCAGGAAGGCCGCACUGAGGAGAACGGGUUUGACUCGACUCCGGGAGAAAGAGGAGAGCGUGGGCGCCGGGGAAGAGGGAGAGGUGCAGGGGGGAGAGGAAGAGGCCGAGGAGAUGGUGUGAAUAGGUUCUCUCAGGGAAUGGGGACAUUUUACACUGCUGAUUACACUGGCUCCGCUGAUCCAGGAGAGACAGCCAGCAACACUACUGAUGGAGCAGGAAACUGGAGAAACAACUUGGAAGACUGGGCUGCGGAAGACUGGAAUGAAGACCUUUCUGAGACCAAAGUGUUCACUGCCUCCUAUGCACUUGCUUCCCAGAACCACACAACACCUGGACAGGGGGUCAAUCUGAGUUCUCUGUUGCCUAAAGCAGCAGAGGUGGACUCUGAUCUGACUGGAUUGGAACCGUCAUCCCCGGAGCCACUCACACAGAGCCUGGUGUUUACCAACUCUCAACAACACACGGCUUGCACACAGACACACAGCUAUGCCUCAGCUGCUGCCAACAGCUAUGCUUCUGCUGCUGCUGGCACCUACGCCCACGCCGCCUCGUCCAUGGGCUCCAGACCACCUCAGCCUGAAAUCCAGAAAACUGAGCCAGUUAGUGUCCCCCGCAUCACACCUGUGUCCAGUCAGACACCAGUUGCCCUGACCAAUGGCAGCCCUGUUGGAGAAUCCAGUUCUCCUCCCCCUGCUGCACCUGCACCUUUAGCUUUGACUGAACCCAAAGCUGAGAUCCCUGUUACAGUAACUCACAUGGAUCUGAAGGCCCAGCCUGACCCCUCUCCCAUCCUCAGUCAGCUGACCCAGCAACAGAAUUCCACACUCCCAUCGGACCUGCCGGCUCAGGGCCGAAACCCCUCUCCUCCUCUCCCCCUUCGAAACACCAGUUCACCUGUCCUGAAACCACUCGGAGAGACCAGUGCUUCCACCGUUGCGGAAUCCCAUCAGCCCAAACAAAUCAGACCCCAGAGACGCAGAAUGCCCCCUCCCUCCAAAAUUCCUUCUUCAGCGGUGGAGAUGCCAGGUUCUGCUGACGUGUCUGGGCUGAAUGUGCAGUUUGGUGCCCUGGAUUUUGCCUCUGAGGCUGCAGUAGAAAGCACCAGUCAGUCGGAAACAAGCAUCCAAGAACCUGUUCCACCUGUUGCCCAAACCCAGAGCAACAUGUACUCCAAACCGAGCACCAUCAGUGAGCCAGUGACUGGUCUUCCUCCUGCCCUACCUACAACAACACUGGAGCCCAGAUAUACCUCUCCCUCUUUGGGUUUACCCACUGCCCCUGCACCUUCCACUUCCAGUCUGCACAAGGAACCAACCACCACCACAUCUGCCACCGCUCUGACUAAUGGAUUCAGCGAAGUACGGCCCUCCGUUACACAAGAUGCUGUCCCCUCAAGCACUCCUCAGUCCAUGCCUACAGCACUGACCCCCGAGAACGGCAUGGCCGCUUCAUCCUUACCGUCGCCCGCAUCGUCUGCACCGGCCCCGACACCCAGCACCCCUCUUCCCUCCCUCAGCAGUCAUGUAAGCAGUGGAACUACGUUAGGAUCUGCUGUGCCUGCCACUACUGGCCUCAGUGUGGUCAGUGAUGUCAGCGGGAGCCUGUCUGCCUUCUCAGGCUCAGUUCUGACCUCAAAUGGCCUGAGCAAUGGUGCACCAGGCCUGUCUACCAAUGGCCCCUCAGCUCCAUCCACAGGACGUUCCGCACCACUGCAGACUACUACUACCACCACCGGCAAAGCACCACCUAACCUGGCUCAAGGUGUUCCUCCACUGUUGGCUAAUCAGUAUAUCAUGGGACCUGGAGGAUUGCUUCCUGCCUAUCCCCAGAUCUAUGGCUUUGAAGACCUGCAGCUGAUACAGUCACGGCUACCCAUGGAUUAUUAUGGAAUGACUGCCUUUCCUGGUACAACAACGCUUGCUGCCAGAGAUGGAGGAUUAACAAACAACCCUUACUCAGGUGAAGCUACCAAAUUUGCUCGUGGUGAUGCACCCUCCCCGGCACCCACCACCAGCCUCUCGUCCGUUGCCCCCUCGCAAUCUGAGCCUGGCACGGUUCCUCCCCAAACACAGGCCCCACAGAACCAGGCCUUCCUGAAUCCCCCUCUGCCGCCUGGCUAUGGCUAUACAAGCCUGCCCUACUAUGCUGGUGUGCCAGGUGUGCCCAGUGCCUUCCAGUACGGCCCCACAGUCUUCAUGCCACCUGCCUCAGCCAAGCAGCAUGCUCAGUACCAGCACCAAGCUGGAUACGGUGGACACACAUAUGCUUCAGGUCAGCGCCACUCACAAGGCACUGUUUAUUUAGGUUUUGAUGACUUGUCUCAAGCUCAUGCUGGAGGAGAUUAUGGGAAAGGAUAUGGCAGCAGUUCUCAGUCACAGGCCAAGUCGAGCAACAGCACAGGAAAAGCACCUGGACUGUCGGGCUCUGCCAGCUCCGAUCUUGGUGCAGCUGUGUACAGCAAGACGCAGUCAUUUGAUAAACAGGGUUUCCCCACGGCAACCCCAGCAACAUUCAGCCUUCCCUCUGCUUUGGGAGGCACUGGACCCCUGAAUCCUGGAGGAGCCCCUGGUUAUGCCCCUGCACCUUUCCUCCACAUUCUGCCCCCUCAUCAGCAGCCUCCCUCUCAGCUUUUACACCACCACAUAGCCCAGGACACACAGGCUCAGCGCAGCCAAUCCAGCAGCAUGCAGAAGAGCCAGGGCAAGUCCAGCUACAGCAGCUCCCCCUACUGGGCCAACUGAUCUCAUGCUGGAAAACAGUCUAAAUCUCAUUCUUCAGUCCUGCUGCUGGCUUGAUUAUAUACACAUGCAAUCUCUCCUGGACCCCCCCCCCCCCUCCCUCCAAAGUUUUCCUCUGCGUAUUUCUUUUGUUUGUUUUUUUUUUGUUUGUUUUUUUUUUUUCCUUCUCCAAAUUUGGUUUUUCAUGUAAAAUAUUAAUGUAAGUAUUUAUAUAUACUGUAAAUGUUAAAAGCCGAACAUGAGUUGUGGUCGCGCCAUUUUAUUUUUUCGAAGGAUAUUUUGCUUUUGUUUACUUUUUAAAAACUGCAAAGAUGUAGCGAGAACGGAAAACUUUCGAGGACGAUGGGGACUUCACAAUGAGAGCUUGAGUUCUGAAAGAUUACGAAGAGAAGGAAAGCAAAAGAUUGGGGUUGGGGGUGGAUUUCAGGAGAGGUUAAUUUUAAGGAAAUGAAAGCAUUAAAUGCUUGAAUUGUUACACAGUGGGCUAUGCCACAGUCAAUGGGAAAAGUUGUCUGCUGAAUGCUAUUCUCCUUUCCACUGGCUCUGAAACGUUACCAUACACUGGCCCACAAGUUUUAUAUUGAACUCCUGUUUCCCUCUAAAUAAAGGUUCUGAGCUAUUCA